AUGGCAAGUGUGAGUUUCACCUUAUAUUUUUCUUUAUUUUUUGUUUGAAUAUUUAUUUUGUUUGUUUCAGUUUUUCAUCCUUUCACUUCUUGCUAGCCCAGCGCUCGCUUGUCUUCCAGGCCUUCCAGGUCUUGGAGGAGGUGGUGGUUGCUGUCAACCAUCCGCUCCAGCUUGCGCCAACCCAUGUGGUGGUCCACCAGCAGCUGCUGGAUAUGCCGCCCCAGCCGCUGGAUAUCCACGUCCACCAAUCGGAUAUGCUGCCCCACCACAACCAGCAAUUGGAGGAUAUGCCGCCCCACCCCCACCCCCACCAGCCCCAAUCAACGCUUAUGGAGCUUCAUACGAUGCACCACAUAUUCAAACCCCAGCCGGAGGAUAUGCCGCAGGACCAUCGCCAGCUAUUCCAGCAGGAGGAUACAACGCAGGACCAGCUCCAAUUGCUCCAGCCGGAGGAUAUAAUGCAGGACCAGCUAUUCCAGCAGGAGGUUACAAUGCCGGACCAGCCCCAGUUGCCCCAGUUAUCGGAGGAUACAAUCAAGGACCAGCUCCAGUAAUUCCAGGAGUUGCCCCAAUUGCCCCAGUUGUUGGAGGAUAUAACCAAGGACCAGCUGCAGUUCACGUCGAAGAAACCGUUGUCACAUCAAAUGGAGGAGCCACAGCCGCCGCUGGAGGAGGUUACGGAGAUGAACCAAUCGUUCCAACCGAACAAACCAACACUGUUGUUGAAGAAACCAUUGUCACCGAAGCCCCAGCCCCAGCUGCCUCAUCUGCCACAUACGAAAACGUUCAACCAGAAAUUGUCGAAGAAACCACCGCUGCCGUUAUUGAGGAAGAAGUUGUUGAAGAAGUUGUCACCGCCGCUACCGAGCCAGCUCCAGUUGAAGAAGUCACCGAAAUCAUCACCGAAGUUAUUGAAGAAGUUGUUCCAGAGGUUGUUACUGAAGCACAAACUGAAGCACCAAUUGCACCAAUCGAAACUGAAGCCCCAUCUGUCACUGAAUACGCUAUUCAACCAAGCACUGCUGCACCAGUUGCACCACAAGAAGUUGUUGAGGUAAUUGAAGUUGAACAAGGUGGAGAGGAAGAAGAGGAAGAAGAGGAAGAAGUCACACCAGUGGCUGUCGCCUCAUCUGCUUCUUAUGAAGAGCAUGUUGAAGAAGUUGUCACAUUCGCACCACAACCAGCCACUGAAUAUAUCCCAGAGGCUACACAAGCACCACAAGUUGUUACUGAAACCGCACCAGAAAUUGCACCAGCACCAAUUUAUACUGUAAGAAUAGACUAACACACUUCUAGUUUUUAUUUUUCUAAUCUUGCACGUGGCUUCAGUUUCAUUUUUGACAUCAUAACACUAUAAAUUUCAGGAAGAGAAACCAGGAUACGAACAAACUGCCCCAGCCGCUGAAACCAAAGAAGCUUCAUACGACGAUGAAGCUCCAGAAGAGGAAGUCGCUGCUCCAGAACCAGCCGCAGGAUAUCAAGCACCAGUAAGACAUCCUACUUUCAAAACAUUCCUUAAUUUUUAUACUUUUCAGACUGAAGCUCCAGCCCCAGUCAAACCAGCUGACAGCUACAGAACUCACUAA